CUAUGCUCGCGUCUCACGCUGGUAAGAUGUAACUUUGAUACACAAUCAUCAUCGCCUAAUACAAGUCCAUGUAUGUGCGUAGCUUGGAUGCCAUUAACAUGUGGUAUGUGACGGCGGUGAGGUAAAAUAGCAAUACUUGUGUGUCUCUAACUUGUAAAUCCUGCAAAAAAGAUCCAUUUGCGUACCGUAGGGAACAUCAAAUAAGUACUAAAAUCCAUUCUGCGCAGCUAUCCGAGAGAUUGACUGCUUGUGUCCUCUUUGUGGAACUUCCACGAUUCGAUAGUCACCUCGAAUAUUUUGACACUUUGAACACAAGUGCCCUUCAGCUAAAACUUUUUACAUGUGAAAAAUGAGAUGUGAUGUUAUAUAAAUAAAGUGAAAUCUUCACUUGAAGAUAGUGAUCGUUCAAAAAUAAAAUCAUCAGUACGUACCACCGUGAUCAAAUCGACUUCAAAAAUGCAUCUCCAAAAGCUCCUCGCUGUUCUCUCUUCCCUUACCGUCGUUGGACUUUCAACUCCAGUAGUAUCACAAGGUACGAGAAAAACCCUCCUAUCCCUUCUAUCAGCGAAACAGCUUAUCAAAAUCCCCAAAAAAAACCGCUUAAAACCUAAAAAAAAAAGAAAGCUCACAAACAAACAGAAGACCCCCCCAACACCAUCGAGCGCCAUGAACCCAGCCCUACAAUCCAAGCCCACUCCACGCACACAGAACAAACAAGUUCAAAAAUCACCAAUAAGAACACAGUCCAAGCCAUCAAUACGAUAAUCGAAUCAUCACUCAAUCGCAAAAGCAUUGUUAAACCUCUGGGAAUGGGAAUGGGAAUUAUCUUCCCAACACCUAUAAUAGAGCAAAAGAAACGUGGUGAUGAGACGGUGGUUUGGACUCAGCCUCCGCCGACUUCGAAGAUACAUCCUCCUAUGUGAGAGCUUGGCGACAGGUCGCUUUCCCAGCUUUGGUGUGAAUUUAUGGUAGAUUUCUGGGAUUGGAUGUUGUGGUGGAGGCUUUUUGUGGCAGACAUGAAUGUGUGUUGGAGGAAUGAGUUAUAGUGUCGCGAUAAUUGCGAUUUUGGACGAAAAAUGACGGAUAUUGUGCUUGCGGAAUAUAUUCAUUGGCAAGGCAUAUAUUCCACCGCACAUCUAGAAAAAGCAGUAAUGGAAUUCUUUAAAAAGAACAACAAAAUAUCAAUAAAA